AUGGUCUGUAAGAAGGCCGACUCAGUACUUGACUGGCUGCACGUCUCAAACAGAUGGGCUUCUUUUCUUUUCUUCUCCAGGACAAACGCACCAAAAUUAAACUUUGGAGGCAGCGCUGCAACUCAAGCUACUGGAAUCACAGGGGGCUUUGGAUUUGGUAGCUCUGUACCGACCAGCGUGCCCUCAAGUCAAGCAGCUGCCCCUUCUGGCUUUGUGUUUGGAUCUGCUGGCACCACCACCACCACCACCGCUCAGUCUGGGACAACUGGAACGUUUACUUUCUCCAGUGGUACCACAACUCAGGCCGGAACGCCCAGCUUCAACAUUGGCACUGCAGCUCCACAGGCAGCGCCCACCGGGUUGACCUUUGGAACAGCACCUGCAGCUGCUGCCACCACUGCUGCCACCUUAGGAGCUGCAACCCAGUCGACAACCCCCUUCUGCCUUGGGGGGCAGUCUGCCGCAGCCACUAGUGCACCCGCGGCAACGCUGACCACUAGUACCAGCCAGGGACCCACUCUGUCCUUUGGAACCAAACUUGGAGUAACAUCCACAGCUGCUACAACUGCCGCUACCACCACAACCUCCAUUCUUGGUUCAGCGGGGCCUACGUUGUUUGCAUCUAUAGCGAGUUCUUCAGCACCGACGUCGUCUACCACCACGGGCCUCUCACUUGGUGCCCCUUCCACUGGGACAGCCAGUCUUGGAACGCUUGGGUUUGGAUUAAAAGUUCCUGGAACAACAGCGGCUGCGACAAGCACUGCCACUAGCACUACUUCUGCUUCUGGCUUUGCUUUGAAUCUUAAGCCAUUAACUACGACCGGUGCCAUUGGAGCUGGGACUUCUACAGCUGCCAUAAGCACAACAACCACAACCAGUGCACCUCCAGUGAUGACGUAUGCCCAGCUGGAGAGUUUGAUAAACAAGUGGAGUCUGGAACUGGAAGACCAAGAGAAACACUUUCUCCAUCAAGCUACACAAGUUAAUGCCUGGGAUCAGACGCUGAUAGAGAAUGGAGAGAAGAUUACUUCAUUACACAGAGAAGUAGAGAAAGUGAAGCUUGAUCAGAAGAGACUGGAUCAGGAACUGGACUUCAUUCUGUCACAGCAGAAAGAGCUUGAAGACUUGUUGACCCCUCUGGAGGAGUCUGUGAAGGAGCAGAGCGGAACUAUCUACUUGCAGCAUGCAGAUGAAGAACGGGAGAGGACCUAUAAACUGGCUGAAAACAUAGAUGCUCAGUUGAAGCGUAUGGCACAAGAUCUGAAGGACAUCACUGAGCAUUUGAAUACAUCGAGAGGCCCAGCAGACACGAGUGACCCGCUUCAGCAGAUCUGUAAAAUUUUGAAUGCGCACAUGGAUUCAUUGCAGUGGAUUGACCAGAACUCAGUGGGAAAGCCAAAUCCAGCCGUGUUGCAGAGGAAGGUAGAAGAGGUGACAAAGGUUUGCGAGAGCCGCCGCAAGGAGCAAGAGCGCAGUUUUCGGAUCACGUUUGAUUGAAUGACUCAAAGUUUAAAGGAUUAAUCUGAAGUCUCCACAGAAAACAGAGGUUGUUGGGGAUGUAGGUCUCAAAUUAUGAUCUGGGCUUGUUUCUUUUCUUGCAAUAAAAUUUGUUGUUUGUUCCAAAGGCAGUCUUUGCAGUGUCUGACUGGAAUUCACCCACUCCAGUCUGAGAGACUGCAUGAAGUUUGUGCAGAAAGUAUGUGCUCUUCGUCUCUGUUCUUUAUAACUGCAUGCAGACUGGUGAGAUAUACAGUAAAUGCUGCCCAGUACUUAAACGUAACUUGAAUGUGUUCAAUUGGGACUUCAUAAGCUUUUAUUCAGGUCUUUACAGAGAUGGUUUAAUGAAGAGCUGUCCUCAGAAGGAGCUGCAGCAGUCUGAGAGACUCAAAUUCUUCACAUUGCUAGCUGGAGUUUGUGUUUAAAUUAGGUAUGCUUCCACUUGUGAAAGUGGGCCUUGUUUUCUGUACUUUUGGCAAUAAACUGCUUUUGUGCUGGUACCUGUAAGCAGAAUUUCUAUGCAAUUAAAAAUUAUUAGAUGUGCCA